CCCGCCGCCAGGAGAUGGAGUUCGACUGCGAGGGUCUGAGACGGCUGCUGGGCAAGUACAAGUUCAGGGAUCUAACUGUGGAAGAACUAAAGAACGUAAAUAUGUUUUUCCCACAUUUCAGAUAUUCCAUGGACACCUAUGUUUUCAAAGAUAGUUCGCAGAAAGACUUGCUGAAUUUCACUGGUACUAUUCCUGUGAUGUAUCAUGGUAAUACAUAUAACAUACCAAUUCGUUUGUGGAUUUUGGAUUCUCACCCUUUUGCUCCCCCCAUUUGCUUCUUAAAGCCAACUGCAAAUAUGGGAAUCUCAGUUGGAAAACAUGUGGAUGCUCAAGGCAGAAUAUACUUGCCCUACCUCCAAAACUGGAGCCAUCCUAAAUCUGUCAUUGUAGGAUUAAUUAAAGAAAUGAUUGCCAAGUUUCAAGAGGAACUUCCCCUGUAUUCUCUAUCAUCAUCUGAUGAGGCACGGCAGGUGGACUUGCUAGCCUAUAUUGCAAAAAUCACUGAAGGUGUCUCAAACAUAAAUUCAAAGAACUGGGCAAAUCAUGAGAAUAAAACAGUAAAGAAAAUUACUGUGGUUGGAGGUGGAGAAUUGGGAGUUGCCUGCACAUUAGCAAUUUCAGCAAAGGGCAUUGCAGACAGACUUGUCCUCUUAGACCUCUCAGAAGGGACUAAAGGAGGGAUGAUGGACCUUGAGAUCUUCAACCUGCCUAAUGUGGAGAUCAGCAAAGAUUUGUCUGCCUCUGCUCAUUCCAAAGUGGUCAUCUUUACCGUUAACUCUGUGGGUAGUUCUCAGUCCUACCUUGAUGUGGUGCAGAGAAAUGUGGAUAUGUUCAGAGCCCUUGUCCCAGCUCUGGGACAUUAUAGUCAACACAGUGUCAUGCUUGUUGCAUCUCAACCAGUGGAGAUCAUGACUUAUGUGACAUGGAAACUGAGUGCAUUUCCUGCAAAUCGAGUAAUUGGAAUUGGAUGCAAUCUGGACUCACAGAGGUUACAGUAUAUUAUUACAAAUGUUUUAAAGGCAGAGACUUCAGGAAAACCAGUAUGGGUUAUUGGUGAGCAGGGAGAAGACAAAGUUACCAAAUGGGGUGGCCAAGAAGUCAUGAGUCAUAACUCUCAGGUGCAGCUGUCCAGCAGAGCCAUGGAACUAUUAAAGGUAAAAGGUCAAAGAUCCUGGUCUGUUGGACUAUCAGUAGCUGACCUGGUUGACAGUCUUAUAAAUGAUAGAAAGAAAGUGCAUUCUGUAUCAACUUUAGCAAAGGGAUAUUAUGAUAUAAAUAGUGAAGUGUUUUUAAGUUUGCCUUGCAUCCUUGGAACCAGUGGGGUAUCUGAAGUCAUCAAAAGCACAGUGCAAGAAGACAGAGUGACUGAGAAACUCCAGAGCAGCGCCUCCACACUCCAUGAUCUCCAACAACAGUUAAAACUUUAAGUCCAAAGUUCACAGCUACCUGGAGGGAAAGGUCAUUUAAUUUUGCCAACAUAUAUAGGGCUGAGAAUUUCUGUAUCUUAUUACUUAUCCUUACAAACUGCUUGGUUAAGGUAGAUGGUUUCUUGGUUGCUUUUGUAAUUUGAAUUCUUAGGGAGUUGGAUAAGGAGGGGAAAAAUCUGAUUCUCUUUGUCAUUCUUUAUAUAACUAUAUCAUUUUUUUAAACCUAUAGCAGAGAUGAACUUUAUCUGCAAAAUGCAUCAUGUAAAAUUAUGUAUCCUCAACUAAAAGCACAUUCAGCACUUUGGGAAUAUUUUGAAAGUGAUACAUUUUUAGAAGAAAAGUACUCUUCAGCUGUUACAGUAAACAUGCUAAGCCAAAGGCUCAGUAUGGAUUUGCCAAAUCUGUGCUAAGUAUACAGUCAAAGGAUCCACAAUUUAAGGUAUAAAAAUAAAGUUGGUAGUAAUGGUAAUAAAGCAUUUUGUUUUCCUUCUUCAAUUAAUUAGCUACCAAACAAUGGAAAAGAAUUUUACAUGUACUUUAAAAUAGUAAAAGGGAAAGUGAAUUUUUUUUAAAUAUAUGAAGAAAAAUUAUAGUUUACCUUCCAGUGGAAAAUUUCAAAUUUCUUUUUGAAAUUUUCUAUAACCUGUUUCUGGGCUAUCAGAUCUCUAACACCUCAUAAAUUCACUGUAAUAUUAGAAUCAUAGAGAAAUGUGUAUUUUCAGUGAAAAUAGAUGGUGAAUGAAAGCCAAGCAGUUUACUUUUAAGCUAAAAUAUGAGGCUGUCAUAAAAGCCAUUGGUUUUAAAGGGGGAGAGGUUGGAUGGACUGAUUAUUCUGAGGAGAUCCUUUAACAAUUCCUAAAGAAACUAUCAGAGUACAUACCCUUUGGUGAUGGUUCAAUAACAGUAUCUUCAUAUGUGAAAGAAGGCAUAUUAUUACUGAGGUGGCAUACAACUAAUAGUAACAACCAACAUCAACACUUGAUGUUUCAGGCAGUGUGAUGAGCACUUUAUUAUUUUGUUGAAUACUCACUGUAACCCAUUGAGGUGAGAAUUAUCAUCCUCAUUUUACAGAGGAGAAAACUGAGCUUUAGUGACCAAGAUCUCAUGGAUAAAGGGCACUUAUCCAUACAACCUCUACUUUUUCUAAGUGCUAGUAGAGGGAAAAGGCCUAAUAGCCAAAAUAGUCACCACAGGCCCCUAAUGCUGGGGUUCUGUACUUUUCCAUUCUCAUGCAGGAGCUGACUCCCCACCCCCCAACGUAGAUUUUAGAAAGAUUGA